AAUGUAUGCAAACGACGACAGCAGCUGUUCCAGUGUUCAGACGUACCCUGGUAUUAUCAGCUUACACCGAUAUCUACCGUCAGUCUUAGUUUUCUCUGCAGAAGAUACGCAGUGUUCGUCACAAUAGAUAUACACAUGAUCGAUCGCAGGUGUACAGGUAGAUGACGACUGUAGCCUUACCUGACAAAUUUGAUCAUCGUGAUUCGAGGUCGGAGGUCAACUCGCGCUCGAUAAUCAGGCAGUAACGAGCAUCAUGGCGAAGGACAGUUUUUGUACCCGGCUGUACGAGGCGGUCAACGGACUGUGCAUGGAAUGUAUUAUAGCUGUUCUGGUGGUUUUGGACGGUCUAGCUAUUACAGCCGAAUUGCUGAUUCGGCUCGACAUUUUACAGGAGCCCGGGGGUGCACCGACAGAUUCGCCUAUUAGUACAGUUCAAAAUGUCAGCGUUAAUGCCACACCCACCCAGGACCCCGACCCCGGGGGUAGUAUCUGCAGAAGGUGCAUCAACAUGGAGGAGCCAAUCGAAAUCACUUAUUGUCUGGCACACUAUGCCAGUGUCGCUAUCGGAGGGGCGUUUUUUGUAGAGGUGUUUUUGCGAGUAGUAUCUGGAAGGUCCAAGGUGUGUAAAGACUUCGUCCAGAUUGGCGACAGCUUAAUUGUUGUCGUUCUUGUUACCAUGGAGAUAUUGUUUACUUUGUUCUGGGACGAAGUUUUGUGUUACCAUCCGGCAAUAGAAGCCGCCACCUACAUCGUGCUUUUCCGGUUGUGUAGAGUGCCUCGUGCAUGUACAGUUUCGAAAAGAGUCUUUUCAGACAAGGUCGAUAUAGAACUACAUUAUUUGAUGAAAGCCAAGAGGAAGGCGGAAGACAAAGGCGUCGAAUUACGUGACAAGUUAGAUAAGCAACAGAAAGAAAUAGAUUUCCUACACGACCAGUUAAAGGAAACAAAAGAUAAAAUGUCAGCACUUGAAAGAGGAAGUAGCGAGAUUUGUAACGGGCAUGUACCGGGCGGAAUGGACAAACCAUCUACAGAAGUAGUGGAAAGUCUAUACUCUAAACCAGUAAAGAGACCCAAAGCCAACGGCACUGCCUCCCAUCACAACUCGCCCCAACACAACACCGAACAAAACCAGGGAGGCUACACCACCAUCAUACACACUACUUACCCAAGAGCUGAUGACGUCAACACCGCCAAGGCUCGUGAAGCCAAUGUGGCUAAAGAGGAUUCUCAUCCUUCUCAUGAUUCAGCUUUGAAAGACGCUAGUGACGUCACAGACUCGCCUCCGCACGACGGAGCUGGUGACGCGCUCGAAGGGGCUGGUCCCCAUGGAGGCAGUUGUUCUCUUGAUGCGAGAAAUUCUGUCUAUGACAGUUCUGAUAGUGCUUGUCUUGUGGAUGACAUUCAAAAGAGAAAAAAGGUUCAAAGGUCAAGAAGUGAUAGUGCUUUAUCUACGGAAAGUAACAUAGCAAUACGCCAAUUGGAUAUAGCAAUAGAUCCAGGUUCUCACCCAAACUCUUCCGGAGGUGUGGACAACAAAUCUUACGAGGAGGAGGAGGACGUCGUCCAGAUGAGACGUCUCCCGGUGAUGGCGGAGUAUGACGGGACACGAACCUACCGAAGUGCUGAGGGCGUGCCGUUGACAGAUCUUUGAUGAGGAACAUGGCGUUUUUAAAAUGUCACACCUGUAUUGGUAUUCUUUCGUAUUAUUCAAAAUUUUCGGUAAAAUCUUAUAUGAUCACCCAAAUGUAGAUUAGAAAAUGCAUCCAAGAUAAUUUCUGACGUAAUCAGACUAGCUUGGCGUAUCCAUUACACAACGUUACCAACCAUUUUUUUUUUAUGAUAAUACCAAAUAAACAAACCAGAAGUUGUUUGUCUCGUAACAUGUUCUGUUCUUACAAUAACGUUAAUAUUACUUAAACAAUUGUAAUUGUGAUAUCGGUUUCAACCUAUUUUGUUUACAUAUAUAUAUAUAUUCUGGACCACUGCAAAUUGGAGACGGUAAAAUCGUAUAUGGUAACACUACUUGUAAAUGAUGAAUUAACUUUAUUGUCGUUUGAAGUAAACAUUUAUCUGUUUCUUUAAUGUAUACGAUAAACAUUUUGCGAAUGCAUAUGCAUCAUUCGGCUAACUUCGGCUGAUUCCGGUAUCUUUCGUCAAUACAUUUGAUGUAGGUACGGAAUAUGCAAAUGUAUGGUAUAGGCAUGCCAUUCCCAGCCAAUUACCUUUCUGUAUGUUACCUGUAUGUAAGCAGUGUCCGUUGCUAUAAUGCGUCUUAUCCAAUGUGUAGCUUUAAGCCAAUCAACGCCGCUUUAAGUUGAGAGUUCGCAAGCAAUAAAUGAGUUUGACAAGGAGUUCUUAAACAAUGUUAGACUUUAAUCAUUUAUGCAUCGAUGAGUUGGGCAUUACUUAACACCAAUUUAAGUUUAGGAGUUCGCAAGCAAUAAACAACUUAAAACCAUUUGUGCAAGUUUUAAGUAAUAUAAACAAUGUAUGCAUGUGCUUUAUAAACCAAGGGUGCAGCGGCGAGAGUUGGACAUUAAAUGACAUCGGGUUUUAAAGUGAUAUCAAAAAAAUCGAUAUCAGCAAUACAUGUGCUUCAUAUUUGUGUGAUAUUUAUUAUCGGACAAUUGAAAUGACAUGAUUUGCAUGUACUUUAAAUAUAUAUGAUUGUUAAAAACAUUGAAAUCAUCUUGUGUACAGAGAAUGUAAGAUCAUGCAAUGAUGAUGCAAUGGCGAUGUCCAGUAUGGUAAACAUAUGGUAUUGUAUGAACGAACGAAAUAACCAAACAGCAUUUUAUCUUUCCAUAUAUGUUCUGAACGUUUUGAAGUCUGGUUUUAUUAGAUUGUGAUCCACAAACUUCAGAGUAUAUUAAAACUCUUAUUUGUUAUCCAUAUUAAUUAUGAACAUAGUUCUUUUUGAUUGAGUGACCCCAGUGUAUUAUUUUAUGAAAUAAUUUACGAUUUUCAAGAUUAAGAUGUAUUUGAGGAAAGUAUUUUUAACGGUGUCAUUUUUUUUAUUAUUUGAAUUCUUACAGAUAAUUCCACGACUGUAGAUCAGUUUUGGUUGCCUAUUGGUUGUAAUUCACACUUUAAAAUUUUGAUAUUGAUAAUGAAGGUCUUAUCGCACUGUAAUGUGUAUACAUUGUUCCUGUGCUCAACCUUCGUUAAUGACUGCAUUGUUAUAAGUAUUAGAGGUAUCUUACUUAAAAUCGAUAUAAAAUGUAAAUAUAUAUUUUGUUGUUAUAAAAGUAAACAUAAAUAUACCAAA